CGCGAAUUAGUGCAUUGUGUUGUGUUACGGUUUGAGUUUUAUCGCUUUUGUGUCACGUAACAGGACUUGGGACUUGGGAGGGGGUUAUUGAUUUUUCGUCCACUUGUUGAAUGAGUUCGGAACAAUCUGUCGGUCUUCUCAGUGGAAUGGAGGCCCGCAACGAGCACCUCAAAGUGCGCAAUUACCGCUCGUUGUACAGUUUUGCGACAGCCCUGGGGGUGGGCAUGCUCGUGAUGGUACUGUCAUGGUUGGUCAAGUACCGCGACGGGUUCUCGUGGUCCGACCCCCAGCUGCAGUUCAACUGGCACCCCCUUUUGAUGGUCACAGGCCUAGUUUUUCUCUACGGUCAAUCGAUUUUAAUCUACCGGACGGGACGUAAUGCCACGAAAAAACGCCUGAAAGUCACGCACGCUUUGCUGCAUUUGUCGGCGUUUAUUUUGGCGGUGAUUGGACUUAAGGCAGCUUUUGACUCGCAUAAUUAUGCUAAGCCCCCGAAACCGAACCUGUACACGUUGCAUUCGUGGUUUGGACUCGUUGCUGUUAUUAUUUUCACCGGACAGUUUGUUUUCGGCUUUGUUAGUUUCCUAUUUCCGGGACUGUCCCGCACUUUACGUGCGGCCUUUCUACCGGUUCAUGUGGCCACAGGGAUUGCGACUUUCACGCUUUGCGUGGUUACCGCAUUGGUGGGAAUCACCGAAAAAACAAUUUGGACACUGGGUAGUAAAUACCAAGAUUUGCCGUCAGAGGGAGUUAUGGUGAAUUUCAUCGGCCUUUUUAUCGCAUUUUGGGGGAUUUUGGUGCUUUAUUUGGUCAACGAUGUUGACUUUAAGAGGGCUAAUCUACCGGAAGACGAGGUCGCAUUGUCAAACUCUAACACGGAUUAAGCAGUGGUGCCAAUACAGUUGGCACGACUGCGUCCUAUUGAUUUAAUUAUUAUGGCGGAAAAAAGCCAUGCAUUUUCAUUUGGUGCUAAAAUUUGGUCUCAAUAUUCGAAUUAUGUUGACUUGAAUGUGUUAUCGCGUUGAUUAAACUUAGUAAGUAAUUAGCAACGUCACUUAUACCAAUAUAUACUAUACAUAAUUACGAUAUACUUAAUAUAUAAAUGUAUGUUUAUGUGGAAGCAAAAA